AUGGACAUUGCUUGUAGUGUCCAGCACCUCAGUCAAUUCAUGCAAGAUCCCAGGAAACCUCACCUCAAGGCUGCCUACCAUUUACUUAGAUACUUGAAAGCUGAUCCCAGUCUUGGAAUUUUUAUGUCCACUAGUCCAGACUGCACAGUCAGAGGAUAUUGUGAUUUUGAUUGGGCUGCCUGCCCGGAUUCUAGGAAAUCUUUUAGUGGGUAUCUGGUAUUACUUGGUGACAAUCCCAUUAGCUGGAAGUCCAAGAAGCAAGCCACCACUUCUGCAGAAGUAGAGUACAGAGCCCUCAAAAAUGUAGUUGGAGAGCUUGUUUGGUUGUGCAGAUUGUUUACUGAGCUAACCAGAUAA